AUGACGCUGCUGGUCAUGGCCUUGCUCUCCUUUGCCACAGCGAAGUUUGAGGAGGAAACGACUGCCAUGUUGCAGCUCGCGAGUCCUACACAGCUCUUGUGCAGUUGUGAACAAUGUCCCAGCGUGGCAGAAGCCAAGAGCAUCAUGAUCAACAGUUGUAAGAAUGAGCCGCAGCAAUUGGUUUGCACUCAUGGUGUGGAGGCUGCCUUUGCAGGUAGUGCCUUGGAUAAGACCUUUGACGUGAAGACGUGUCAAGUCCUAGAAGUGGUCUUUCGCCACCUGGGCCUCCUGUCCAUCCCUUUCUAUCCGCGGAGACGCGGCAACAUCGGCAACAGUGACCAGAGCGGAGACGGUGAGCGGUCCGAGCCGUCCAAGCCGUCCGAGGUGUCCGAGCCGUGCCCAUGCGGUGUCACCAUCAACGGGGACAACAACAGCAUUCGCAUCGACAACAGCAACACUGGCAACACCGUGGGUGGCAAUAUGGGACCAAGUGACAGUGGCAAUACGUAUAACGUUGGCAGUGGCAACCUGAUCCCUUCCUCCAAUGAGCUGGUCAUCAUCCCUGUUGGUAGCGGCAACGUCGUGAUUACUCCCGUCGGCAGCGGAAACAUCGUGAUUACCCCCAUUGGCAGCGGCAACUUCGUCAGUGUUCCUUCCGGAAGUGCCACCGUCGACAUUGUUCCCACUGGAAGUGGCAACAGAACCACCGUCGUGGGGAAGAAGUUUUUCGUCCCCAUUGGCGCUGACAUCAUCCUCAACAACACUUCGAUUGAGAGUACGACUGAGGCCCCUAGUACUGCGGCCCCUGGUCCAUGA